UUCCGACAUUGUUUGUGUUUACGUUAUAAGUGUCUCAGUUAUAACUAUUCUCCUAUUUUGAAAAAUUGAAGAUGAUGGAAAUAAAUCAAAAUGGUAAAAGAGUUCGCUCUUCAAAUUUUUCUAAAGAAGAGGAACUCUUGCUGGCAAAUGAAGUGCUCAAGUACAAAAAUAUAAUCGAAUGCAAGACAAUAAAUAAAACUUCGAACGUUGAAAAAGAAGAAGCAUGGAAGAAAGUCGAAGAUGGCUUCAAUGCUAAAAAUUUCCACUACAGAAGUUUACAGCAGUUGAAGGCCAAAUUCGACAAUUUGAAAACAGGUGGCUCAGCAAAAGAGCUAUUUAUAUGGGACUGGUGGAGGCCCUUCUGUUAA